AUGUUGUCGAAAACGAAUGCUUAUCGACGACCUUAUCGUUCCCAACGCUCCGAACAAGAAGAAAAAAUGUUUUGUUGUAUUGUUUACAUCGAUGAAGCAUCCAAAUACAGCAUUGUUGAAUCAAAACGGUUGAUUGAUAUCGAUGAGCACGGAUACGGUAGUAUCAAAGAGCUUGGCAAAAGUUAUAGUGUUCAUGUUGAACAAACAGGUACUCAAGAAUCAAUGGAACGAUAUGGUCAGCUGUUAGAGAAAGCCCUACAAUCGCGAAUGCAUGAAGAUAUUCCAUCCGAUUGUGAAGAUUGGGUGUUAAAAAAUGGAAAAGAGAAUAAAGUCAAACAUUCUAUGUCAACAACAAUAUCAAGUUCUAAAUCAUCACUAAACCAACAGCUAUCAUCACCGUCGCACAACAAAAUCUCUUUACGAAACGUUGUAUUUGGUGAAAUACCAUCAUCUCCUGGAUACAUUCUUCAUCAAGCAGCUUCGUCAUGUACACGAAAAAAUAAUUCAUUGAAUCAUGAGCGAGAGUUGAACAUUUGUGCGCAAGAUACAACAACAAGUGAUGAUGAUUCAUCCUUUUUACAUGAUGUUGGUGAAGAAGUUUCAUCAGAAGAAGAACUAGAUGUAACAGUUAAGUCAUCAUGGAAUCUUAAAACAUCAGCAACAGGAGGUACCAAGUCGAAAAAAGGUUUAGUAAAGCAAAAGGAAACAUCGACUCCUAAGCGUUUGCAUUUGUUGACUAAUGAUGAUGAUCAUAAUGCACAUGAUGAUCAUUUAAAUUUGCAACAAAUAUUCGAUUACGUAAAACAAAUCAAUUCGAACGUAUUGAAAUUACAAAAACAUCAACAACAAACAACAAUAAAUUUAGAUCGUCAAGAAAAAUUUUUAAAUACAUUAUGUAAUAAUCAGAAAAAACUUGCCAAAAGUUUGGCUAAGCAUAGGAUACCAAUUACUCUCGAGAAUGACAAUAGCAGUGUUCAAACUGAUGAUGAACAAUCCGGUAAUCAAGAUGUAACAUUUGUCAGAAAUGAUGGUUCUGUAAUAGAACUACUGUCUGUACCAGGCAAUAAACAAAAUACAAUCAAAUACGCUUUAAAGUUAAUAGAUAUUUUGUUUACAGACAAACAAGAUUUUCAAAAUAUCAAUGUGAAGAAAGCUGACGAAGACCCACCCGCUGUGAAACGAAAAUUCAAUUAUUCUGCUGAUGAAAUGUCUUUUGUUUGGCCUCCAAUACACGAUUCAAUUUUAAGUAAACGUCGCAAUCAACAAAAAAGGUUAAAAACAUCUACAAACACAAGUAAUGCAUCGUCGUUUCUUAAAUAUACUUCACCAUUUUAA